ACAGACUUAGGUUAAAAAAGUUGACUAAGUUUACGGAUUGGAUAUUUUGAGUGUAGAAUUUUGAGAGAAUUUUUUUAAACAGAUAAUUGACUUUAAAUGCAAACAAUAUAAAGGUGAAGGAAAAAUAAAAUGCAGCUGAAUACCGAAUUGUAGUUGUAUGUACAGUAUGUGAUACGAUAAGAGUUACAGUGUUUUCGGUAAAUAGAGAAUUCUGAAGCUAACGGUUAUGCAACGCAUUUCGGCUAGUCAGUUAAAACGGUUCAAUAAUACUUUGAACACUUCGAACAGAAUUAUAAACAGAAUUUAAAAAAAAACACGAGAUGCAAAUGAAUUUUUAUUGCUUUGAUACUCUGGUUGUUUGUGUUGUUCUGUUAAAACAAAGUGUUAAUGUGUAUGUGUAUGCACGUGUGUGUGUGUGUGUGUGUGUGUGUGUGUGUGUGUGUGUGUGUGUGUGUGUGUGUGUGUGUGUGUGUGUGUGUGUGUGUGGGUGGAUUUGGGGGGUGUAUUUGCUAAGGAGGGUGUGUGUGGGUGUGGGUGAAAGUGUGUCCCCUCUGUCAUUGGCUCCAGGUCUCCAGUCACAUUAUGCAUCUCAUUGUGUCUUUGUGGGUGAGAGGUCUAUAAAAAGCCGUGCUGAAGCGAUCCGGUCAAACCAGAGAACCUCCGCUGAGACACUCUCACAUAGACAGAUGAGAGGACGGGGUGUGUGUUCCUUCCAGUUCGGCUACACCAAAGUGUCCUACUGUUCAGCUUUGCCGAGUCGAGUGGCGCAGAGAGGUUUCUGACUGCAGAACGUUGAUCAUUGCUUCAGCUGUGAAGGACGUCUUGUGACCGCCGGGAUAUCCAACUAAAGCUUUUUGUCAAGCAUCUUGUUAUUUUGUUCUGAUCUGCUGAGAUGGAUUCCGACACCGGCUCCACCUGCAGUCGCUCCUCGUCCCCAGACCUCACCGUUGACUCCAGCUUCUUCUCUGGCAAGGUGUUCCAGCAUGCAGAGAAAGCCUCCGACGGAUCCCCAUCUUCUUUGGGGAAACUUCAGAACCGUCCAGAGGUCUCCAAAGCAGACCUUCAGGAGUUGCGCCUCAAGGUUAACAGCCGCGAGAGGAAACGCAUGCACGACCUCAACCAAGCCAUGGACGGCCUCCGCGAAGUCAUGCCGUACGCCCAAGGCCCCUCAGUGCGUAAGCUGUCCAAGAUCUCCACCCUCCUUCUGGCACGCAACUACAUCCUCAUGCUCUCCAGUUCCUUGGAGGAGAUGAAGAAGCUAGUGGGCGAGGUGUACGGAUCCAGUGUGGCUCAAAACCAUGCCCCGAGGCCCGUCUUAGCUCCAUCCCUGCACCCUCUGGCCCAGUCCUUGCACUCCUUAGCAGGUGGAGCCACAGCCGUGAGCUCCACCCCCCUUCAGCACACCAGCAUGCACGCGGCUACAGCUCAAACUCCCCAUUCUCCUCCAUCAGCAGGAUAUCUGGGCUUCCACGCGCCACCAAUCCCAAGCUUACUGAAGGACCCGCUGCAUUUGGCCAGCUCGUACCGGCACUUUCCCGGCAUGCCGUGUCCGUGCUCCCUGUGCCAACCUUUACCCGUGUCUACCGCCAGCCUGCACGGCCUUUCCAUGAGCAAGUGAACAUCUAGAACGUAUCGAAACAUGGACUCAAACUUGGAGCGAAGAGCUUCCCAAUGUUUAUAAUGUAUAUAAUGUUCUGCUCCUCACAAAAAAAACAAAAAUGUUGUGCAUUGUUCCAGGAUCUCAAGCGAAAAAGCCAAAUGUGAAUAUAGUAUGUGAAGUUUUGUACAGUUGAUUUUUUGUACAGUUUUGGACAUGAUUUCCUAAAUUAAAACUUUAUUCUUAUUAAACCGGCAUUUCCUCUUCUUUCUUUUCACCAUCGUCAGCGAUAUACAGUAGACCGUCCCGAGUAGCCGAGUACGGUAUCUCGACCUGGCGGAGUCUUAAAGCAACACAUUUCUCUCUUUCUUCCUACUUUGCAUUUGUUGCUACGUUCGUCACACAACCCUGAAAAAGUUGAAAAGUUUUUAUAUAAAUUUAAAUGAAUGUUCACUGUUUUAAAGUAAAUGAGGAAGGAAGGUGUGUUAAUGAAGCUCAGUGAGUUACGAUGUCAUAACAUCAAGUUAGCACUGCAG